AUGCUCACCGACAAGACUGGAACCAUGAAAGAAGGUAAGAUGACAACAUCAAAUAAAAACGGUCUCAAAGUUUUUGUAUUGCUUGUAUUUUCUGUAACUUUUCGAUCAUUUCUCCAUAGUUGGGUUGGCUGCUCUUAUGCUGGUGUACCUGGAGCUCUCCAUGAGAGUUGGGAGUGCCCCAAUCUGUCACCAUGAACAGACUGGAUGUCAUACUCCUCCCUUGGAAGACCUCUUUGACAGGGUGGUACAACAGUCUUCAAGAAUGCAUGGAAUCUCUAGUGAUCUGCAGUCUGAGUUUGUGAGUUCAUUUUGUCACAUAUGCAUCCAUUGAUUUAAUAGAAGUUAUCAAACACUCACCUCUAGUCUUAAAACGUUCAGCAGAGUUUUAGCCUGAUUUGUUUGGUUUAUCUCCACAGGGGCGACAUUUCUUUCCCAGCAAGAAUAUCAUAGAAAAACGGAAGUGCCACACACAUGGCAUACUAACACCAGCAGACAAGGAAAACACACAACGGCUUGGAGUGAGCAUGUACAUUUUUGUUGAAAAUCCAUGCACUGUGCUUGACGUUAAGAGACACUUCACCACUGAACUAUUCAAUUUGUUCUUUUAUGUGCAGAGAGAUCAGCUGACAGAAGUAAUCCUGAGGCUGCUGGGGGCCUGGGCUGACCCCUUGUCACAGCUCCUUCAGAGCAUGUCUCUGGAUAAAAAUCAAGACCUCAAUCACCACAACAUCAAUAAAGUGCUGGAGAUCAGUGAUAUGGUGCAUGAGCUGAGGGAUGGAGUGGAAAAAAUGGCUGAAAAGGUAAGGAUCCACUUAUGGUUGCUGAGCAUUGAAUGUUUUGUGAUCUUUCAGGGAUAUUUUUAGCUGCAGUGAAAUAUAUACAUAUAUAUUUUUGUACAUAGAGAUAUUAUUUUUCUUUAUAUGUAUUAACUGUAUGUAUCCUUUUCUUCCAUCCUUCUCAGAUGAAGCUAUUGGGGGUGCUUGGUAAUACCAUAGGUUAUGUCUCUCCUGAGAUCUUGGCUCCUUCUCCUACUGUUUCCUUCUAUAAACAAGGUGAACUCAACUCCAUGGACCAUCAUGACCUACUUUACUGUCUCAACAGAGAUUCCAAUAAAAUCAAAAAUUAUCUUCGUGUCCUAAAGUGCACCACCCUUCCUGGACUGGAUUGUUAA